CCUUUGGUUCCUCUACUGCGCAUGGCACGUUGCGUACUUCCCUCCCAGCCACUGGCCUGGUGGCGGCGCGGCCAUAAACUAAAGAGGAGGAGCUGUGACCGGGUCGGGUCUGCGUGCUGACUCCAGGACCAGGUUUAAAUUUUUGCAGUUGAAGUAGGUGUACACAUUAGGAACUCAUGUCUUUUCUUGUAAGUAAACCAGAGCGAAUCAGGCGGUGGGUCUCGGAAAAGUUCAUUGUUGAGGGCUUAAGAGAUUUGGAACUAUUUGGAGAGCAGCCUCCGGGUGACACUCGGAGAAAAACCAAUGAGGCGAGCUCAGAGUCGAUAGCAUCCUUCUCUAAACAGGAGAUCAUGAGUAGCUUUCUGCCAGAGGGAGGGUGUUAUGAGCUACUCACCAUUAUAGGCAAAGGAUUUGAGGAUCUGAUGACAGUGAAUCUGGCAAGGUACAAACCAAUGGGAGAGUAUGUGACGGUACGAAGGAUUAACCUAGAAGCUUGUUCCAAUGAGAUGGUGAUGUACUUGCAGGGGGAGCUUCAUGUCUCUAAACUCUUCAGUCAUCCCAAUAUCCUGCCAUAUCGAGCCACCUUCAUUGCAGACAACGAGCUGUGGGUUGUCACACCAUUCAUGGCUUAUGGUUCUGCAAAGGAUCUCAUCUGUACUCACUUCAUGGAUGGCAUGAACGAACUGGCGAUUGCUUACAUCCUGCAGGGGGUCCUCAAGGCCCUAGACUACAUCCACCACAUGGGAUAUGUACACAGGAGUGUCAAAGCAAGCCACAUUCUGAUCUCCGCGGAUGGGAAGGUCUACCUGUCUGGUCUACGCAGCAACCUCAGCAUGAUCAGCCAUGGGCAGCGGCAGCGUGUGGUGCACGAUUUUCCCAAAUACAGUAUCAAGGUUCUGCCUUGGCUCAGCCCGGAAGUCCUCCAGCAGAAUCUUCAGGGUUAUGAUGCCAAAUCUGACAUCUACAGUGUGGGAAUCACAGCCUGUGAGCUGGCCAAUGGCCACGUCCCCUUUAAGGAUAUGCCUGCCACCCAGAUGCUGCUGGAGAAACUGAACGGCACGGUGCCCUGCCUGUUGGACACCAGCACCAUCCCCGCUGAGGAGCUGACCAUGAGCACCUCACGCUCGGUGGCCAACUCUGGCCUGAGUGAGAGCCUGGCCACCAGCACCCCCAGGACCUCCAAUGGUGACUCGCCAUCCCACCCCUAUCACCGCACCUUUUCCCCCCACUUCCACCACUUUGUGGAGCAGUGCCUGCAGCGCAACCCGGAAGUCAGACCAAGUGCCAGCACCCUCCUGAACCAUUCUUUCUUCAAGCAGAUCAAGCGACGUGCCUCAGAGGCUUUGCCUGAGUUACUUCGUCCUGUCACCCCCAUCACCAGUUUUGAGGGCAGCCAGUCUCAGGAUCACAGUGGAAUCUUUGGCCUGGUAUCAAACCUGGAAGAGCUGGAGGUGGACGACUGGGAGUUCUGACCUCUGAAGAGUGUGCAUCUUCUCCAUCCCGGGCUAUAUGAGUCUCCAGGGGCCCUGCCUGAGGGCUGGCCACAUUCCCACCCUCCUGGGUGCAGACUGGGAAGAAAGGACAUUUCUGCCAAGAGAGUUACCUGCUUACUGACUGGAAAAGAAAUUCUGGAGAGAAACUUUACUACUCCAAGGCUGUUGAGACACAAAGGGAAUCCCAACAACCCUGGAUCGGGAGGGGCCAGAAAGCUGACAUUCCCAAUUCUGCAGCUCAGGUGACCUCUUCAGAAGGAAGAGAUGCUGUUCUGGCCCUGGGGGCUGAAGUCCAAGCCCAGGGUUUGACUCCUCAGCCCGGGGAACUGUGUGACUUCCUCUUUCCACUCUUGCUCUCCUAGCAGCGUAAUCCCAUUCUUUCCCUCUGCUCUCACAUCCUAUAGUUCCAUCGAGGGGCAGGCAAUAAGCAACCUGUCCCUCCUCCCCUCAGACCUCCCCUAAUAAUUGAAGACAAGGGUAUUUUUUCUUUUUAAGCACCAGGUUAAGGCUGAGGCAGUCCAUCCUGAUCCUUCUUAGCGCUUGGGCCCUGACACCUGAAACCUUCCCAUAGGUCAUGGCUGUAGCUCAUUCCUUUCCCACUGAGGGUCCAUCUUACUGCCUCCUGCCAGCUGCUCUGGUGCUUUCUCCAAGGGCCAUAAUGUCUUGCCCAGCCUGUGGGCUUAAGUCCUUAGUUUCAUUGCCAGAACAAGUUAAAAUUUUCAGAGAAUCCAUUGGAGAGUGGCAUUGUUGUGUGUUGGCCAUAUAUGCUCAGACAUGAGUCAUUCCACCCGGGUUCUGCCAUCCAAGAGUGGUCCCAGGAGUGCCUGUGGAAGCGCAGCAGUGACCUCUUUCAUUAGAUAGCCUCACCACACACCGAUUUCUUUUAAAACCCAUAAUAGACUUGUCUCAACUAUCAAAAAUUUUAACUUAAUUUUAGCCUAUGGCCAUCAAACUGCUUUGGGGCUGCAAAGGUCUAGAUGCCGGAGACCAGCCCCUGGGUCUGCCAGGACCACUUCUGGGCCACUAGGAAUCCAGGCAGAAGAGGCUCACCUUUGGCAGGACAGGAAUGGGGAGGGUUUUGUUUAGUAACCUGGCAUGCGGUGUCCCCUUACCGUUGGCACUAAUACCCAAAGAGCAAGCAACCGAAGAACCAGACCUGUCCCCUCCGCUGUCAUUCCUGGCUGGCGGCCAGUGAGUCCUGGCCAGGGGGUGACUCUAACCUCUCCACCUCCAAGGUGCUUCUUGGCCUGCGCGGGCACCAGCCCGGCCCCUCCCGCUGCCGGUCCCUCAGGGGUGAGGGGCCUCCUGCUCAGGCACUUCGCCUGUCAGAUUAAGGAAGUGCCCCUCCUUCCCUGAAGCUGCUUUGAACCAUCAAAUGCUGUUACUUUCCCAUGUCUCAGAAAUUGUAACACCAGUUUAAAAAAGAAUAAUAAAAAACCUUCUUUUGGGC